GAGUAAUAAACAUUUAUGUAACUUUAGUAAUAAAUUUAAAAAAAACUGACAUAUAUAUUAUUUAAUUCGCAAAUAAACUCAUUACGAGAUUAUUGUCGUUAAUAAGUACUCUCUAAUUUGAGUUUAAUAGAACGUAUUUAUCAAGUAAUGUAAUUGAAACAAUGUUUUUCUUUUUGAACAAGAGAGCGGUAUACUUGAAACUGUUUGCCUUCUGUUUGAUCAGGAUGAUUGGUGCUAUGCCAGCGGUGGCGGUUCGUCACGAGCGUAGAAGGCAAGAAAAAAGGCUGAAACGGCCGAGUCAGCUCUAUUUGGGAGGGCAAUGGCUACCACCCCUUCAAGGUUCACCACCCACCCCCAGUCCGCACAACAAUGUAGAUCCUUUGCCCGAGCUCUACUUAUGCGGCAAGAUAUCCGGGCUGCAUGCUGUGGUGGUGUGCCUGUUGUUGGGCGCGGUGGUGCUCGUGGUCGGUCUCGUCCAACUCGCUCCGGGUGCAACGACCACCAACCACAGAUUGGCGUUACUCGUGGCAGGCGCUGCCCUAAUUAUACUGGGCUUUAUUAUAGCGGGCGUAAGAUGUUAUGUGUUACAUUGCAUACCACUUCCGGUGGAAUCGCCAGUUGCGACGCCUAUUCCGCCAGCGACGAGUGAGCAAGCACCCGCCGUACCUAAAAACACCCUGGACCUUCUGGUUGGUCAUCAGAAUCAACCGGAAACGGACGCUCUGAUGCAGCAUAGGGAGCACCAUCAGCAUCAUCAUCAUCAGCAUCAUCAUUAUAACAAUCACAAGCAGAAACGUAGUUCUCAGGGCUCGCAUUCCGAAGAGGCCUAAAAUAUACGAACAAAGAGAAGAGGUAUGCGUGUAUUUGUUCGAUGAUUUGACUGAUAUGAGAGAAAACGAAGGAAAUUUCGAUUCGCGCGCGAAUCGAAAGACAAAUAAGGUAAAUUUUAGCGAAAUCUUUUUUUUUUCUUCAGAAGGAAGAAAGACAUAUAGCCAUUCUUUCGUAUAAUGUUUUAAAGUAUAUAUAGAGUCUCCUAGAAUAUGCGGCGCGUCUUCUUUGUGCAAAUAUCAUAAAGAAAUCGGAUAACUCACACACGUCGAUGUCGAAAAAAUUUAAUAACUUGAUUAUAGCGAUAAGAUUUUACCAGCACUCCAACACACCAAUUAGCAACCUCGAUAACUUUUUUUCCAGAAAAAAUCUAAGCGAAUCGGGGAAAAUGUUACUCGACUGUUACUAACAAUCUUGCAACGCAACGUCAUAAAGCGACAUGAAAUGCGUCUUUUGCAUAACAAAGAUACAUGUACAUUAUCUUUUUACACUCGUAUAUAUGUAUAUAUAUUUAUAUAUAUAUAUAUAUAUUUAUACUUAAGCGACAUUAACAAAAGUUUGUGCCUGCGCGCAGAGAAAGCUUCGUUCGAUGUCAAAUUGACAAAUUGUUUGUGUUCGCUCGAUAUAAUUAUGGCCUUUGCAUAAUUUCAUUGAAGGCAAAGGCCGUAAAGGGUAAAUCGAUAUCGCUUGUGUAUCGCGAUAUCAAUUUAACUCUCUCUCUCUUUACGAUUAUAUUCUUUUACGAUUUUUACAAUUUACGUACAAUGCAUAAUGUAAUAAAGAUAAUUCAAUGCACUUUAAUGACAUGGCGUUUUCUGAGAGAAUAAUUCUCGGCGCGCGGACAUGUCCGUCUAUUGGGGUCCACUUAAAGUUAUCGCGUGAAAUUAAACACUAUACACACACUAACAGUUACGCAAAAAUAUUUUACACUGACAUAAAAAAGGACGAUAUGAUUUCAUAUAGCGAGAUUUCGCGAUUCCAUUGCACUCUUUUAUUUUCUCUCAUUCAUCUAAUAGUCGAUAUAAAAUAAGAGGAGAGGCAAAUGGCACACAAACACUCACACAUAUAUACACAUAUACACGCCUAUAUGCACUUACACUUAUAUACGCACUGUAAUUUAGUAUUAGAGGACGAUCGGUUAUGUAAUCGUCUGUAUGACGCGGUCUGUUGCACUAACGUGUUACAGCUUUAGUUAGACUAUCUCUAGAUGGAUGUUACAUAUAGAUAGAUAUCCCUUCUAGAUAUCUGAAUUUCAGCUGUAAUAUAUACACAGUCAGAGAUAGAUAAUUUCGUUAACCAUCCGAUUAAAGCGGUAACCAACGUUGGUGCAAUCAGUCCUAAAAAUAAAUAACAAUAGCAUCCGUCUAGCGAUAAAUUCAAGACAAAUGUAAACAUAGUGAGAUGCGAACUGUAACUGUAAAUCAUGAAAGUUCGAAGUAUUCAUCUAAUAGCUCGUAUAAGCGAUACAGUAUUUAACUUUCUGAGUAUACAGUAUUUUUAACUUUCUGACGCCCUUAACGCGCGUUUUAUUUCUUAGCAAUAAGGUAACUGUAUCUACUAUGGCCUAUUAAUUUUUUAUAAAUGAAAAGUUAAUAUAGAUACAUGUAUUAAAAUAAAAAAAAAAGUAUUUAUCAAUCAUCAUUUAUCAUUUAUAAUAUAUUAUCUCAUUUUUAAAAUUUAUGAUUGAAAAUGACAGAAAAUAAUUAGUAUCUUUAAUUCAAUGAGAGAAGAAUAAUCUCCUGUCUUCUUAUUAGGCCAUGUUUUGUGUGUAGAUUCAGUUACUUUAUUAUAAAUUAUGUACACAUGUACGCCAGACAUUUGCAUCUCUUUUGCGUAAACGUAUUGUUACUUUAUUAGUCAGCACUGCCUAAUUUUCACGCGAGGCACGAUGUAUACUGUAAUUGCUCUAAUUGCCUUUGUAAUGCGAAUCUACUUGUAUCAUGCCAUUUUAAUCGAACACGAAUACGCGGAGUGUUAAUCCACUUUGCUCGGGCGCCUUUCGAAGUAAAAUUUCAUAUAAGGAUUAAUUUAAGCGGUUGCCGAUUCGCGCAAUUUUCCACGUGCGAAUCUACUCGAUAGCGAAUGAUCUUUAUUCCUUGGGCUUUUUGCACGAUAUCGCAAAAAAAGCGAGAAAGCAAGAGAUACCUACAUAUAAAAAGGAAAAGAUAUAUAGAAUUAUACUACUAGCAACUUAGAGAUUACAAAAUGCUAUGCGCCAUUUAAUACGCGUUGCACAUUAUGCAUUCAUAUUGCAUAUUACGCAUUACACGUAUCGUUUCUUCUUCUAUAAUAUAUAAGUCAGCAGAUUGUGUAAUAUGUCUCCUAUUAGACGAAAUAUAUAGAUAUAGGUAUGUAGCGUGUAUAUAUACAUAGUGCAAGCUUCGUGCAAACUGGCGAUAAGCGUAUCUCGAAAGUAGUUAUAUAUUUAUAUAAAGCGCGUAGAACGCAACAUAUUCAUUUAGAAAAAAAAAA